GGGAUUUAUAGCAGAACUGAGGGCUUCUGUGAAAUUCCUGACAGUGGGGUCUGUCUUCAGGGAGAUGACUGCCAACCUUUUGCGCUCACUAGGGGUCGUCGAAUGUCAGAAAAUCAAUCUGGCAACAACAGGAAGAACACGCAACUAGGCGAUCCUUGGAAACACUCCGGGAUUAGCAACCGCAGUGCCUUGAUAAAAUUACAAGUGUAAGAAAAUCAAUGCCAGUCGCGAAUGCCGGGGCAAUGCAGAACAGUCAAUGUGAAGUGUGCUAGAAAGUUACAGCCCAAGUGCGGACGAUACAGAGCAGACUAUUUAAUCGUCAGGUUGCAGGAUAAUUUAAGGAUUGAUGGAGUGACGUCAGUACGUACCUUGAUAGCAGUGUAAUCUGUUUGAGAACGGUCUAACCUCAAAGGGAAAUGGGCACGUUUCUACACGGAUGUCGGGGAACGCCACCAGCACGGUGCUGACCUACCUACCUGCGAGCAGCUCUCGGAAUAAAUAGGCAGAGCGAGAGUGAGAUAAAAACUCUUUUAAGAACAGCUCUGCUCGGCUCCUGAACCCGCUGCCCGAUUCCCUGUCUGGAAGACUGGGUGUUAAGAACAUUGGACGCUAUUUUACAACAACGGCCUCGUCCAUCCUGAAGGUUAAAAAUCGAUUGGAUUAGCACGACAGAGGGCAGGGUGAAACUCAUUUUACACCCAAGCAAUUUGCAGAACUGGCCUUAAUUAGUCACCCGUCGGAGCACCGGACAACAGCGACUUUGAAUUGGGCUUGUCCGUUUUCACCAUCUCCAAGGCAUAUAUUUUAUACCGAGACUCCAUGGAGUGAGUAGCUUUUCCCGCACAUUCAGAACCGCUGAUUAAUAGACCGUGUUUUAUUUGGAAAAAUAAACAUGAAUAUAAUUGCACUGCUACUCACCGGAUUGUCUCUAUCUGUGAAACUGCACUGGAUUUGUGGAUUCGAUUACGAUUACACUUAUGAUUACAAUGAUGAAGAAAAGGCGGAGGUUAUUGAUUAUAAAGACCCAUGCAAAGCUGCUGCAUUUUGGGGAGACAUUGCAUUAGAUGAAGAAGACUUGCAACUCUUUCAAAUUGACCGGACAAUUGAUUUAUCAAGAUACAUCUUAGACAGAAUGGGGCACACCACAGGUGGGUCUGGAGAACAUAGAGUUUCUAAAAAGAAGGGAGCAGUUUUUCAACUUAUAGAUCGGAUACUAAGAUUGGGAGCAGACAGUGAUCAAAAUACAACCGACAUAGAAAAGAAUAACUCAGAGAACUUAAGACAGAGUGAAAAGAAAAGGGUUCCCAGAGCUGCAACAUCUCGUGCUGAGAGAAUUUGGCCCGGGGGUGUUAUACCAUAUGUUAUUGGAGGGAACUUCACUGGUAGCCAGCGGGCAAUGUUCAAACAGGCCAUGCGACACUGGGAGAAGCACACAUGCGUUACUUUCAUCGAACGAGCAGAAGAAGAAAGUUACAUUGUCUUUACAUAUAGGCCAUGUGGGUGUUGUUCUUAUGUGGGUAGACGCGGUAAUGGUCCCCAAGCUAUAUCCAUAGGGAAAAACUGUGAUAAAUUUGGCAUCGUGGUUCAUGAACUGGGCCAUGUGAUCGGGUUUUGGCAUGAACAUACAAGACCAGAUCGAGAUGAUCAUGUGACCAUCAUUAGAGAAAACAUCCAGCCUGGCCAGGAAUACAACUUCCUCAAGAUGGAACCUGGUGAAGUGAACUCCCUUGGAGAAGCGUAUGACUUUGACAGCAUCAUGCACUAUGCUAGGAACACCUUCUCAAGAGGUAUGUUUUUGGAUACCAUUCUUCCUGGACGUGAUGAAAAUGGCAUAAGGCCUGCCAUUGGUCAACGUGCACGGUUAAGUAAAGGAGACAUUGCACAGGCAAGGAAGCUGUAUAGAUGUCCAGCUUGUGGGGAAACUCUUCAGGAUUCAACCGGUAAUUUCUCAUCCCCCGGAUUUCCUAAUGGAUAUCCCUCAUACACACAUUGUGUUUGGAGAGUCUCAGUUACACCUGGUGAAAAGAUUGUUUUGAAUUUUACAACCAUGGAUCUCUUUAAGAGUCGCCUCUGCUGGUAUGACUACAUAGAAGUACGAGAUGGUUAUUGGAGAAAGGCACCACUUCUUGGUAGAUUCUGUGGUGAUAAGCUGCCCGAGAUUCAAACUUCCACCGAUAGCAGGAUGUGGAUUGAAUUCCGCAGCAGCAGUAACUGGGUAGGAAAGGGUUUUGCUGCAAUUUAUGAAGCAAUCUGUGGUGGCGAUAUCAGUAAAGAAUCUGGACAGAUCCAGUCUCCUAACUAUCCAGAUGACUACAGACCAUUGAAGGAAUGUGUAUGGAAGAUAACAUUGUCUGAACACUACCAUGUGGGAUUAGUUUUCCAGGCUUUUGAGAUUGAGAGACAUGACAACUGUGCUUAUGACUAUCUUGAAGUCCGAAAUGGUAAUAAUGAAAACAGCCCAUUGAUUGGGCGAUUUUGCGGCUAUGACAAACCUGAAGACAUCAAGUCUACUUCCAAUUCCCUAUGGAUGAAGUUUGUUUCUGAUGGAACCGUCAAUAAAGCAGGAUUUGCAGCAAAUUUUUUUAAAGAGGAGGAUGAGUGUGCCAGACAUGACAAUGGAGGGUGUGAGCAGCAAUGUGUGAACACGUUGGGCAGUUACAAGUGUACCUGUGACCCGGGCUAUGAACUUGCAGCAGACAAGAAAAGUUGUGAAGCUGCCUGUGGAGGACUUCUGUCAAAGCUAAAUGGAACAAUCACCUCACCAGGCUGGCCAAAGGAAUACCCUCCAAACAAGAAUUGCAUCUGGCAAGUUGUGGCUCCCUCGCAGUACAGGAUCUCUAUGCAGUUUGAAUUUUUUGAACUAGAGGGCAAUGAUAUAUGCAAAUAUGAUUAUGUGGAAAUCCGCAGCGGCCUUUCAUCUGAUUCCAAGCUUCAUGGAAAGUUUUGUGGGACAGAACUGCCUGAGGUUAUAACAUCACAGUACAACAACAUGAGGAUUGAGUUCAAAUCUGACAAUACUGUUUCAAAGAAAGGAUUCAAGGCCCAUUUCUUCUCAGACAAGGAAGCACCAUGCAAAGAGAGAAUUUUUAUUUUUGAAUCUUGCAAGAGCCUGAUGCAGGUUUCCCUUUCCAGCCGUGUACGUAUUACUGAUGGACUGGUGGCCUCUGAAAGGUUCAGAGAUAAAGAUGAAUGUUCCAAAGACAACGGAGGCUGUCAACACGAAUGUGUCAAUACAAUAGGCAGUUAUGUUUGCCAGUGUCGAAAUGGAUUUGUACUACAUGAAAACAAACAUGAUUGCAAAGAAGCUGAAUGUGAACACCGGAUUUACAGUGCCACUGGCACCAUCACUAGUCCCAAUUGGCCAGAUAAAUAUCCUAGUCGCAAAGAAUGUACGUGGGAAAUCUCCGCAACUCCAGGCCACAGAGUGAAGAUAACUUUCAACGAAUUUGAAAUCGAGCAACACCAAGAAUGUGCUUAUGAUCACCUGGAAGUGUUUGAUGGAGAAACUGAUAAGUUUGCAAUCCUUGGACGGUUCUGUGGGAGCAUCAUUCCAACUCCUGUCAUCUCCACUGGAAAUAAAAUGUUUGUUAGAUUUGUUUCAGACGCAUCGGUGCAAAGAAAAGGUUUCCAGGCCACCCACUCCACUGAAUGUGGUGGGAGACUGCGGGCUGAAAUUAUAUCCAAAGAGCUGUACUCCCAUGCACAGUUUGGGGACAACAACUAUCCAGGCCAGGUUGAUUGUGAAUGGCAGAUUGUUGCAGAAAAAGGUUAUGGAGUGGAGUUAUCCUUCCAAACAUUUGAAGUGGAAGUGGAAGCUGACUGUGGCUACGACUUUAUUGAAAUAUUUGAUGGGUUUGACACCACUGCUUCAAGGCUUGGACAGUUCUGUGGAUCAGGGCCACCUGAAGAAAUGUAUUCAACAGGAAAUGCAAUUUUACUCCACUUCCAUACUGAUGACACAAUUAACAAGAAAGGAUUCCAUAUACGAUACACAAGCACAAAAUUCCAGGAUUCCCUCCACAUCAAAAAGUAACUUGGGCCAUCAAUACAGUUUGCUGUAUCCUUAAAAUAAAACAAAGGCAAAAAUAACCUGAAUGAUUUAUACUGACAGAACAUGGAGGAACUGAAGGAAAUGAAUUGUUGCAAUGUCAGCACGAAGUUGAAGAGCUUCCAGUGGAAAUUUCAAAACUGCGGAAAAUUAGACUGAGUACGAAACUGCAGGAACAGGAUGCUACUGCAGAGUAAUUAUAAAGGUUUGCUUGCUGCAUCAGCUUCUGUCCACUACUGGCUAGAGUUUUACCCAGUGGAAAUACUGCUAUACAGACUCUCAGCCAACUGCACUAUCCAUAGGAAUGAACCUAUAAAUUCAACAAAUGCUGUUCAUUAAUUUCUUCAAUCAGGCACAAACAAUAAAAGGAGAAAAGAAGUAUCCUAUGUACUGUUCACUUUUCAACAUGUGGUUUAUUAAUAUAAAGGAAAAUCAUUUACUACAUAAUUUAUGAGGAUUUUGUAAUUUUUUUUAAACUGGAUGUCUUUACUGGUGACUAUUAUCUGUGAUUACGUCUCUGAGAUACAGGACUUCAAGCAGAACAAAUGAGCACUGUAGCAAACUGUGAAUUCCUUCAGUACCAAAAAAAAUCACAGGUUUAAGAGCAUUGAAAAUCCUGAUAGCAUUUUUUUAUAUUUUGCUAUUGGAAUGUGCCAGGAUAGUUUUAUAUAUUGUGUGUGUGUGUGCUGGUAGUUUGCACUUAGAAUGAUACCAAGGGCCUAGUUUUAGGCUCCAAUCUAUUGUAUGUGUCUCUGAGCUAUUAUGUAAAUCAUCUGAAGUGAUAAGCAUAUGACUUUAUGUGAAUGAAAAUCAAAUUAAUAGGUAACCAGUUAACAAUAGUGUUACAGCAGUAGUGUGAGCAAAUGGCCAUGGAGUAUUAAAACAGCUAACUGCAAUUCCACAACACUA